AUGAGUUCUGUCCAUGCAACUCUUCUUGCAAUAGCAAUCCUGAUACCAACAUGUAAACCAACUCGGGGAUUUUACUUCGGCCAAAGAAAUUUACACAUUAUAAACUGGUUGGAGAAUGGUGAAAUUUUAAUGGCUCGUUGCUGGUCCGAAGACAAUUCACUGGGAACACGCAUUGUAAAAAACAAAGAGGGAUUCAAAUGGAAAUUUUACGAUAAAAUCCUUUUUGGAAAGACGAAGUUUGAAUGUGACUUGGAGUUCAGCGACCAAGGACAACCAAGAAGAGGGCGUUUUGUGGUGUAUGACAACAAGCAAAAGAUUAGGAGACGAAACUGUUACCAAAAUUGUAUGUGGGGAGUUGGUGUAUAUGGCCUGUAUGCAUUUGAUGAGAAAGACAAAAAAUGGGAUUAUGAGAUUCCAUGGCCAAGUAAAAACAGGUUUGAAUCAUCUACAGAGUAA